CCACCGCUCAGCGCCAGGGCCGGGGGCUGGACGGUGCCCCCUGGGAAUUGGGGUGCGGAGGGGAGCGGCUCUGCCCCGGCGCUGGGCUCCCCUUGGAGGCACCAGGGGCAGAGGCAGCACCCGAGCCCCAGCCCCGCGUUGGCACCCAGAGGGAUGCGGAGCCACAGAGGACCCUGUGACUGACCCGGCCCCUCCGGCGCGCAGCUGAAUGGAAAGACUGCAGAAGCAACCGCUGACCUCCCCUGGGAGCGUCUGCUCCUCGCGCGGCUCCAGCGUCCCGGGAUCGCCCUCCAGCAUCGUGGCCAAAAUGGACAACGAGGUCCUGGGCUACAAGGACCUGGCUGCCAUCCCCAAGGACAAGGCGAUCCUGGACAUCGAGCGCCCCGACCUGAUGAUCUACGAGCCCCACUUCACCUACUCGCUCAUGGAGCACGUGGAGCUGCCCCGCAGCCGGGAGCGCUCCCUGUCUCCCAAAUCCAUCUCUCCUCCUCCGUCCCCCGAGGCCAUCCGGGAGUGGCUGGAGAGCCGGACCCCCAGCAGCACCCCGCAGCCCCCCCCUCGCCAGGCCGCCAGCACGCCCCGCAGCGGCGUCCAGCACUUCCACAGGCCCGAGACCGACACGACGGAGCUCAACAUCUACAAGAAGCCCCCGAUCUACCGGCAGAAAGAGCCCCAUUCCGGCCCCCACCACGGGAAGCACCUCAUAGAGGAUUUGAUCAUCGAAUCGUCCAAGUUCCCCGCGGCGCAGCCCCCGGACCCCAACCAGCCUGCCAAAAUCGAGACCGACUACUGGCCGUGCCCCCCCUCCCUGGCCGUCGUGGAGACGGAGUGGAGGAGGCGGAUGGCCUCCAAGAGAGGGGAGGAGGAAGAGGAGGACCUGACGGAGGAGAUGAAGAACCUGCGGGAGCUCCAGAAGCAGGAGCUGAGCAAGGUCACCUCCAACCUGGGGAAGCUGAUCCUGAAGGAGGAGAUGGAGAAAUCGCUCCCCAUCCGGAGAAAAACCCGCUCGCUGCCGGACCGGACGCCCUUCCACACGUCGCUGCACAUGGGCAGCUACAAGAGCUCCUCGCUGCCCGCCUCCGGCCGCAGCACCCUGACCCGGCUGCAGUCGGCGGAGUUCAGCUCGGCGAGCAGCGAGAAGGGGAGUCCGGGCGUGCAGAACGGCCAGCGCGGGCGCAUGGACAGAGGCAACUCCCUGCCCAGCAUGCUGGAGCAGAAGAUCUACCCCUACGAGAUGCUGAUGGUGACCAACAGAGGCCGCGUGAAGCUGCCGCCCGGCGUCGACAGGACCAGGCUGGAGCGGCACCUCUCCCCCGAGGAUUUCCUGCGGGUCUUCGAGAUGCCCCCCGAGGAGUUCGGCAAGCUGGCCCUGUGGAAGCGCAACGAGCUGAAGAAGAAGGCCUUCCUCUUCUGAGCCCCCCCCCCGGCCCGCGUCGCGCCCUCUCUCCGCU